AUGAUAGUACCAACUUCUUUCAAUCCUAAUCCAAACAUACCGGGACAUAAAAAGAGAAUACGACGGGUUUUUAAAGGAGCGGUUGGUGCACUAGAUGGAACUUUAAUACAUGCUGUUGUCCCUACUAGUAAACAAGAUUUAUAUAGAGGAAGAGGAAAAGGAUAUUGUUAUCAAAACGUAUUAGCAAUUUGUGACUUCAACAUGAUUUUUACGUUCGUCGUGGCCGGCUGGGAAGGUGUAGCACAUGAUGCAAGAAUAUUAUCAGAGGCAUUAUCAGAUCCAGAUGCACCAUUCCCAUUUCCACCACAAGACAAGUAUUAUCUUUGUGAUGCCGCGUAUGCACACAUACGGGGAUAUAUGGAUCCAUAUCGUAAUGUGAGGUAUUGGCUAGGAGAUUUUCGCCGAAGACGUGCAUUGACUAAUAAAGAGAAAUUUAACCAUGCUCAUGCAAGACUUCAGAACGUAAUUGAGCGUGCUUUUGGUGUCUUGAAAGCAAGAUUCCCUAUUUUGAAGAGGAUGACACCAUUUCCAUUGGUUACACAAAGGAACAUUACCAUUGCAUGUUUCGCGCUACAAAAUUUUAUAAGGAAAGAGGGUUUGAGCGAUGAAUUGUUUACAGAAUACGAUCAACCCAAUCUUUCGGUGCAUAAUAGGCAAGUGCACGUUAAUGCUGAUGAAGAUGAGGUUGAAGCACAUGGUACUGCAUCGGAUCGAGAAUAUAUGAAUCAGUUACGAUAUGAGAUUGCUGAGCAGUUAAUGCAAAGCACGGAUAUAAUGAUUUAA